ACGUCCAGCAUCAAAAUCUUUGAUUCUUGCAUCUAGAAUUUAGAUGAUCUGAAAUGGAAUGGUUCAAUGGCCAUGGAUUUUGGCCUACAUCUAAGUAGCUAAUCAGCUUCCCGUUUGAAGGGAGCAGAUGCGCAUACUUUUGCCGAAAAGGGGUGAAAUGAUGCCAUUUUUUUAACGACGAAGAGUUUAAAUGGACUGCUGAAAUGCAGUCCAAUCGAUUUGUGGCUGGCCUGAAUAAGAAAAAGAAGGAAUUUGGUUCGCACACGGCCUUGCUUGGCGACCCGCGUGCUGAGUUGGACUGGAGUGAUUUUGCGGGCCGACUAUUGUCGCGAGUCCGAACGCCUUGGUUAACACGCCAGGGUGUGGCGGACAUCUUCGCACAGCUGCAGGUCCGAUCUUCCAACUCAAUGCCGGGGCAAAUGCAGCCAGUGGUUCGAGUUCCUGAUUUGGUUCAAGCUCUACUGGGCUCUGAAGACUUUGCCGUGGAGGCCGCCCGCAGAGUACUUCGAGUGGUUGCCAGGGAAGCACGUCACCGAGGGCAAGAUGUUGGGAAACUGUGUCUGGGCGCCGAUACAAAACGUGUUGGCAGCCUGAACCUCCAGCAGUUGUCCUCGGUGCUGUCCAGUUUGUGUCCUGGAAUGCUUGCGGAGGCAGAUGUUGGUCUACUCUUCUGGCGCUUCUCUGGCGGUGGUGGGUUUUCCUACGAUCAGCUUGAGGCGGCUCUGAGAGAAGAGCGAAAUGCCGCUGCGGAGCAUUUGCUCCUGCGUGGAUUGCCAGUCUUAAUCGACAAAGCUGCAGACUUCGAGGCCGCAUCCAAAGCUCACGACCUCGGCCGUACGGGCAAACUCUCUGCGGCCCAGUUGCGCGGGGCGCUGACACGACUGAACCUUUUUGGAGGCGACAUGACGGAAGUGGAUGAGUUUGCGCAGCUGCUGGCAGAGGGCUGCAAGCGCGAUGCAUCCAACUUUGACUAUGCGAGCCUAGUGGCUGGUGGAACCUGGAAGGGAGCCUCAGUUAAAGACGCCAUUGCCCGAGUCUGCGGCGAAGCUUCAGAUGUAGCUGGGAAGCGAUCUGUGCCCUCAAAGAGGCAUUUGCUAUCCAUCCUGUACUACAAGACCGCUGAUGCCAGCAAGAAGCUUGGCCUGUCACGACAACGCGCCUUUGACAAUCUGGACGAAGGGAACAAGGGAUUCCUGAACGCCGAGGACCUUAGAGCAGCAGUGCUCCAAGUCGUGGGCGGUGAUGAGACGCUGACUCUAAAGGAUUUGGGACUACCUCCUGCCACAAGGCUGACUUUGCAGGACUUCGAAAAGCGCUUGAACUUUGAUUUCGGACGGCUUAGCAAGUGCAUCAACAAGGUCUUUGGAGAUCAAGCAGUGAUUGCUGAGUCGGACUUCACCAGCCGCCUCUCGCACUUUGCUGGUGUUGAUAAGGCGACCUCUCAGACCUGGCUACAGCUUAUGUACCCUGAAGGCGUGCCUGAGGGCAUUGGCCGCGGGGCCUGCGAGAUGUUUCUGGCCACCACACCUGCAUGCACACCUUUCGAAGGCGCACAGCCAGUGCGUCAGGGUGCUGGACGCUUGCCGCUUUGGGAGGCUGUCCCUCGUGCACGCUCGUUGUUGCGAAGUCGAUUGUCUGAGAAGGAUGCUGAUCAGAUCCUCCAAGCAAUCACGGAGGCAUCCGCGAAGUAUGCAGCACCUGGUCGCGAAGAAGUCUUCGUCUUAGCACAAAGAAAAAUCCAAAAAGUGAGUCCAACCAGGGGUGACUAUUUACGGCCCUUCGUUGGCCCGGAGCGAGAGUCAAGUCCUUUGGGAAGGGCCAUUGCCCCAUCGUGGCACCCGUUACCAGAGACCUGGGGAUCACGGGCACCCGUGGCUGAACAGCUCUGGAAGCUCGGCUCUGAGGAGUUUGCCAUGGAGGCCGCCCGCAGAGUACUUCGAGUGGUUGCCAGGGAAGCACGUCACCGUGGAGAAGAUGUGAGCGGCUUAACACGCAGACUUUUGGUUGGGAAACUGUGUCUGGGCGCCGAUACAAAACGUGUUGGCAGCCUGAACCUCCAGCAGUUGUCCUCGGUGCUGUCCAGUUUGUGUCCUGGAGUGCUUUCGAAGGCAGAUGUUGGUCUACUCUUCUGGCGCUUCUCUGGCGCGGGUGGGUUUUCCUACAGGCAGCUCGAGGCGGCUCUGAAAGAAGAGCGAAAUGCUGCCGCGGAGCAUUUGAUCCUGCGUGGGUUGCCAGUCUUAAUCGACAAAGCUGCAGAGUUCGAGGCCGCGUCCAAAGAUCAUGACACCGGCCGUACGGGCAAACUCUCUGCGGCCCAGUUGCGCGGGGUGCUGGCACGACUCAUCUCUGAUCGAAAUCGCGACAUCCGUGGAAGCGACAUGACGGAAGUGGAUGAGUUUGCGCAGCUGCUGGCAGAGGGCUGCAAGCGCGAUGCAUCCAACUUUGACUAUGCGAGCCUAGUGGCUGGUGGAACCUGGAAGGGACCUUCAGUCAAAGACGCCAUUGCCCGAGUCUGCGGCGAAGCUUCAGAUGCGCCUGCUGCGAAGCCCUCAAAGAGACAUUUGCUUUCCAUCCUGUACUACAAGAUCGCUGAAGCCAGCAAGAAGCUUGGCCUGUCGCGACAGCGCGCCUUUCAGGGUCUGGACCGAGGGGACAAGGGAUUCCUGAUCGCCGAGGACCUUAGAGCAGCAGUGCUCCAAGUCGUGGGUGGUGAUGAGACGUUGACUAUACAAGAUUUGGGACUACCUCCUGCCACAAGGCUGACUUUGCAGGACUUCGAAAAGCGCUUGAACUUUGAUUUCGGACAACUCAGAAAGUGCAUCAACGAGGUCUUUGGAGAGGAAGCAGUGAUUGCUGAGUCGGACUUCACCAGCCGCCUCUCGCACUUUGCUGGUGUUGAUAAGGCGACCUCUCAGACCUGGCUACAGCUUAUGUACCCUGAAGGCGUGCCCAAGGGCAUUGGCCGCGGGGCCUGCGAGAUGUUUCUGGCCACCACACCUGCAUGCGAUGCUGAUCAGAUCCUCCAAGCAAUCACGGAGGCAUCCGCGAAGUAUCCAGAAGAAGUGAGUCCAAGCAGGAAGGGUGACUAUUUACGGCUCCGACACCCACUGGGUGUUGGCCUCGAGCGAGAGCCGAGUCCUUGGGGAAGGCCUCCACUGACGAUGGAUCCAUCCUUCGCAAGUGCUCCUGGUCCACCCCCUCACUUGGGUCGCCCAGCAGCUUGGUCACCAGUUGCGUCUCCCAGGCGUGUCAGGGCCACUUCGGCUCCAUCGUGGCGGCCCUGGGAGCCCCCGUUACCAGAGACCUGGGGAUGUUCGCGGGGACCCAUGGCUGAACAGCUCUGGAAGCUGGGCCUGCGACCUGAUGGACCCGAGCUGCCAGGAGUGGAAAACGAUGUCAGCGAAACCGCCCUGCGUGCUGCCUCAAAGCUGUCGGACACGGAACGGCAGCUGCGAUCUUUGGCUGGGAAUGAGGAGGAGCAGCUCCAACAAUUGAGAGCAAGACAUCAACAGAACCUGGAGAGUCUGGGAUUGCUGCAAAAGUCCAUGUUGUUGCCAUCACUUGCCCCUGAUGCAGCCUUCAGCCGCCAGCUGGACGCUCCAGGGCCUUCGUCACCACAGUGGCAAUGCUCGGAGGGGUCUGCAUUGCACGACUUGGUGGCAGCAUCUGCAGCUCCAGAAGCCCCAGCAGCUCCAGAAGUUGCAGGUCUCAGUGCUGGACCCUUGCCCGAACCUCGACCUCCAGGGCCUUGUCCACCAGGGCCACCAGGGCCACCAGGGCCACCAGGGCCACCAGGGUGCCGGCCUGGGCUCAGCUCAGGGGCCCCCAGUCGUGACGGCACCAUGGCGAUGGCUGCGGAGACGAUGGAGACGGCCGGACCAUUGCCACCUCCGGAGAUGGAUGGGGAGGCCUUCGCAGCUUCGGAAGGCCGCUUGAAUCCACCAGCGGAGGAAAGGCUCAGGACCGAGGAGACUACUGUUCCUCUAGAUCGCGUGUGAGUUCCCAUCAACGCCGGGUGGGUUUGUCCGAAAAUAAAUGGCA